GUAACACCAUUAGUUGAUUCUUAUAUGAAAUAUAAGAAAUUACAUUGUUAUCAUAAUAUUCUACAAGUUGUCUUUUACUGAAGUCUGCACGCCGUCUAUAUCGACUAUUCACAACCUAAAAAGUCACAAGAGCAAGAAAAAUUGGAAAGAACUUUUUACUACAUCUAAUAUAAUAAGUACAUUGAAAAUAUGUAGUAUCUUAUAAAAAUCGAUCUGGUAAUUACAAAAGGUAACAAUAUGCCGAAAAAAAAGACAGGUCAGAGAAGAAAAGCAGAAAAGCAAAAGUUGAGGCAAAAAGAAAUUCGAACUGCAAAAGAUCAAGUAGAUUUAGCUAAAUUUCCUUGCAAUGCAGUAAUGGAGUGUGAUAAGUGCAACAAGAAACAGAAGAGUAGGGCAUUUUGCUAUUUUUGUCAAAGCUUGCAACGAUUACCUCUGUGCGCUCAUUGUGGAAAGAUGAAAUGUAUGCUGAAAACCGGAGAUUGCGUUGUUCGUCAUCCUGGUAUAUUUACUACUGGAUUAGGUAUGGUGGGUGCAAUAUGUGAUCAUUGCGAGGCAUGGGUUUGUCAUGGAAGACGCUGCCUUACCACCCACGCAUGCAUGUGUCCAUUGGCAGAUGCAGUUUGUCAAGAAUGUGAAAGAGGAGUAUGGGAUCAUGGUGGUAGAAUAUUUCGGUGCUCGUUUUGCAAUUGCUUUCUUUGUGAAGACGAUCAGUUUGAGCAUCAAGCAUCGUGUCAAGUUUUAGAAGCAGAAAGUUUUAAAUGUCAAUCUUGCAAUCGUUUGGGACAGUAUUCAUGUUUAAGAUGUAAAACAUGUUAUUGCGAAGAUCACGUUAGAAGAAAAGGAUUUAAGUAUGAAAAAAAUAAGCCUAUACCAUGUCCUAAGUGUAGUUUUGAAACAUCUCAAACAAAAGAUCUUAGCAUGUCAACGAGAAGUCAUAAGUUUGGUAGACAAAAUCAAAGUGACAUUUACGAAUCUGAUGAAGAAAAUGAAUAUAAUUAUUAUGGAAAUCAAUCUCAGGCUUAUAGUUCUGAAAAUUAUAAUAUUGAUGAUGAUGACGAAGGUGAAGAUGAGGAAGAUAACGGUGAUGAUGAUGAUGACGAUGACGACGACGACGACGAUGACGAAGAAGAGGAACAAGAUGAGUCAUUAAGUGAAACUGAAGAAAAUGUCACUAAUAAAGUACUACAGACUUAACACUUCAAUGAAAAUAAUUUAGCAAGAAUUUAAAGCACAUUAAAUGUAAAGUUAAAAAUAAAUAUAUUAAAUUGUUAUCUUUAUAAAAAUAAUAAUAUAUUUUGUCUUAAAGAAUAUAAUUAUUAUUAUCAAAAUACUGAAAGCUAUGUAAUGGUAUUUUUUCAAUAUUGAUAUUCACAGUGACGUAUAAAUACUUUUUAAGUGUGUUCUUAACAAAUUCAUUGUAAAUUAAGUUACAAACACUUUGAUAUUAUAAAAAAAUAU